AUGAAGGAGAUGGGCCCGGGCGCUAGUCCGGUACCUGUCCUCGCCGGAGCCGCGCAGGUGGACACCAGGCGGGCCAAGGACGUUUCAAAUCCCAGAGGCGAGGUGGGGACCCCAAGUCAACACGCCCGGCAGGUGGCUCCAGGGGAAGGCGAUGUCCCCGAGAGUUUGCUGAAGACUGACACCACAAAACCCUCCGCGGGGGCAGCUUCUGGAGGCCUGGGGGCCUGGGAAGAGUCCGCAGAGGCCCUGCGGGAGGCAGAGGACACUCCGCAGCAUGCCACGCUAGGGGCGACAGCAGACCGAGGGGCCCUGGGAGGGAAGCUGGAGCCCGCAGACUGCAGGAUCGACGGGGCCAGGCCCAGCCGCAUCCCCGAUGACCUGUUGCCCUUCCCCUUGCCUCUCCCGGGGGAGCGGGGCUGCUGGUGUGGCGAGUGUGGCAAGACCUUCAGCCAGAGCUCCUACCCGCAGCAGCGCCGGCGCGUGCACACGGGAGAGAAGCCCUACACGCGCACAGAGUGCGGCAAGGCCUUCGCCUGGAGCUCCAACCUCAGCCAGCACCGUCGUAUCCACACGGGCGAGAGGCCCUACGAGUGCCCGGACUGCGAAGAGGCCUUCAGCGAGAGUUCCAAGCUGGCCGAGCACCUGAAGAUCCACGCAGGCGCGCGGGUGCACGCUUGCCCCGACUGUGGCAAGGUCUUCCUGCGCGCGGCCGGCCUGCAGCAGCACCGGCACACACACAGCGGCCAGAAGCCCUUCGCCUGCACCGACUACGGCAAGAGGUUCCUUGAGAGCUCGCAGCUCCUGCAGCACCAGCGCACGCACACAGGUGAGCGGCCCUUCCAGUGCGCCCAGUGCGGCAAGGCCUUCAGGGGCACCUCGGGCCUGGCGCACCACCGGCGUGCUCACACUGGUGAGCGGCUCCUCGCGUGCGCCGACCGCGGCAGCUCCGAGCUGCGCCAGCACCAGCGCCCGCACUCCGGCGAGAAACCCUUCGUCUGCAUCCACUGCAGCAAAGCCUUCGUGCACAACUCGGAGCUGGUGAGCCACCGGCGUACGCACACCAGGGAGCGGCCUUACGCCUACAGCCGGUGCGGCCGCGCCUUCAACCACCGCUCCAACCUCAACAAGCAUCAGAAGCGGCACGCGGGCAGCGCUGCGCCCUGAGGGAGAGGGCGGGUCAGUUUGGUGGCCCGUGCAGCUCGAGACCCGGCCACCAAUGUAUGGGGAUGAGCCGUCUGCAGGCCAGCUUGGGUGGGCUUCACGUGCUGGGAGAGUUGGCGCAGCGGCCACGGGUGCAGAAGAUCACGGCUGAAAAAACGGUCCCUAAGAAGGCAGCCCCAGUGGUGACCCCCUGGGGCCUGGCUGUGGACACGUGUGGCGGGGAGGUGGCUCACAGGCUGAAGGCGGUGAAUUUCGGUCCUGGAAGCUGUGCAGAGACGGGCGAGAAUUGCAGGCUCCCCAGGAACGAGGGCUAGAUGAGACCCCUCCCCUCCACCUCUGGAUUCGAGGUUACACAGGACUUUUUGUCUUCAGCCAAGAGCCAGAAGGUCAGACGAUUUGCUCUGAGGACUCUGGUGGGCAAAGGAGAGGAUGUGUGUGUGUUGGGGGGGGGGUCCCAGCAUGCUCAGCUCUCAGCUGCUGCCUGUACCCCCAUUCCUUCCUCCACAGUUGGGGCUGAGAGUCCGUUUCUAAAAGAU